AUAUUUUUAUUAUAUUUAUAGUUAUUCCCUUUCUUCCUCACAAACCUAAAUUAAACUUUGUCACAGCAACAGUUUGAAGAAUCAUUCAUUCCAGUUUCCAUUUUUCAUUUUCCAAUUUUCAAUUUCCAUUUUCCAUUUCCAUUUCCAUUCCACUCAUCUUCAUCAUCAUCAUCAUCAUCAUCAUCGUAAUCUUCUUCUUCUUCUUCCUCCUCCUUCAUCUCAUCAGUCAUCUGUUACUGUGAAAUGAAACAGAAUUCCACUUCAUUACACACAAUUGCUUUUGCUCUAAUAAAAUUUUCUUCUUUUUCCCAACACUGCAUAAUCCCCACAUCCCAUAACAACUAACUCUCUCUCUCUCUCAAUUUUCAUCAUAAACACACCCUCUUCUUGGCUCUUUCUAUCUCAACCUCUCUUCUUCUAAUUUCCUCUCAUCACCUUUUUUUUUCUUUUUCUUUUUUUUUUUUUCUUUUUGAGCUUUUUCCAAUCAACAAAAUGUUGGGUCUCCGAGAUGUUCUGUUUAUAGCUCCCACACCCUCUUCUCUUCACCAACAGACUCAAAUCAUUUCUUCUGAUCAUCAUCCAUCUCUUCCUCUUCCCUCCUCCACCGCUCUCGGCGUUAGCGUCGGCAUUUUCCCCCUUCUCGCUGCAACCCCAUGUCUCCCUCCCUCCCAGCCCCCGCCAAAUAAUCACACACCUGACGAUGUUACCGAUCGUACUCGCACUUUCGACAAUCUUAAGAGAACCCAAGAUUUUGGCUUUGGGAAAGGAGAAUCCUUGAUCGCCGGUCCCGGAAAUAAUGGCUCCGACGAACAUGUGAAAGGCGAUGCUGGGGAUGGCUCUAUGGCUGUAUGUAGGGACUGUGGAAACAGAGCAAAAAAGGAGUGCGAGUAUCGGAGGUGCAGGACUUGUUGCAAGGGACGUGGGAAUCAUUGCUCUACGCACGUGAAGAGCACGUGGGUGCCUGCGGCUCGCCGCCGUGAGCGGCAGAUGUUGGUGGUUAUGGACGGCGUUGCCACUGCUAGUGGCGACGGAGGGUCUUCCGGUUCUUCUUCUGCUGGUGCUAAAAGGCCUAGAGUUUUGAUUCCUUCACAGAGUGCUGCCGCGGCCGCCGCUGCUUCCACUUCCAAUGCCACAACUCCCCGGAGUUUUGAAACAACCUCUAGCCAUCAAGAUGCAAGCUUCAAGAAGUCAUUACCAGGGCAUGUUCGAGCUCCAGCCGUGUUCAGGUGCCAUAGAGUGACUGCCAUUAGCAGUGGUGAAGGUGAGUUAGCUUACCAAGCAACAGUCAAUAUUGGUGGUCAUGUCUUCAAAGGCUUCCUCUAUGAUCAAGGAGCUGAUGACAAAAAUGCAUUCCCAUCUAUUUCACAUCUCCAUUUGGACAGUGGUAACCACCACAGGGAAUAGACAUUCCUUCUCUUCAUUCUUCUCCAAUUCUCCCUCUGAUCACUCUUCUCCUCCUGAAAACUCGGUCUUGACCACUUGAAAAAAUAUGAUAUCUUUGCUAGAUUUCAGAGGUCUGUUAUGUUAUCUGUAAGUUUCAUAUAGUUGUUAUCAUGGUGGUAAUGCAAUGAAUCUUGCACUAAAUAGAACACAAAAGUGCAUAGUUGUAAUAGGAAUUUUCUGUUCUAGCCUUAAGCUGGGUUUAGUGUAAGAUUUAUCAAGUUCAAAGAUAGUUGGAUAUUGAUCUUCUGUAUAUUGCUUAGAAGAUGUGUAACUUUCAUCUAUCCAAAUAUCUGCUGAAACAAGAGUUAGCUUGUCUUAUUUCAUAGCAGCUGUAUUAUAUGUUGGGAUACAAGAGUUCAGUCUCUUCUUUUACUGUCUAUCUCAAAGAGUUUUACGAAACAAA